AUGGAGAGUGGCGACAGGAAGGUCACCAUCCAGCUGGUGGAGGACGGGGCCGAGGCUGGAGCCAGGGGCCCGCAGCUCUUUAAGGGCCAGAACUACGAAGCCAUCCGGACAGCCUGCCUGGAAUCCGGGAUCCUGUUUCGUGACCCUUACUUUUCUGCUGGUCCUGAUGCCCUUGGCUAUGACAAGCUGGGACCCGACUCAGAGAAGGCCAAAGGGGUGGAAUGGAAGAGGCCCUAUGAGUUUUGUGCUGAACCCCACUUCAUCUGUGAAGACAUGAGCAGGACAGAUGUAUGUCAGGGAAGCCUGGGAAACUGCUGGCUUCUUGCGGCUGCCGCCUCCCUGACACUGUACCCCAGACUCCUGUACCGUGUGGUUCCUCCUGGACAAAGUUUCCAAGAUGGAUAUGCAGGGGUCUUCCAUUUUCAGCUCUGGCAGUUUGGCCGCUGGGUGGAUGUGGUGGUUGACGACAGGCUGCCUGUGCGUGAGGGGAAGCUGAUGUUCGUGCGCUCGGAACAGAGGAAUGAAUUCUGGGCUCCUCUGUUGGAAAAGGCCUAUGCCAAGCUCCAUGGCUCCUACGAGGUGAUGCGAGGAGGUCACAUGAAUGAGGCUUUCGUGGACUUUACAGGAGGCGUGGGUGAGGUCCUCUACCUGAGACGAAACACUCCAGGUCUCUUUGCUGCCCUUCGCCAUGCACUGGCCAAGGAGUCCCUUGUGGGUGCCACUGCCCUGGUGAGAGCCGAGCCCCCAAAUGGACCUCCGCUAGACCAUCACAAUCCUCGCUGCUGUCCUCGCUGGGACAUGCUUCCCUCUGAGUGGCGAGAUGCCCUGCUUGUGAAAAAGGAGGACGGUGAGUUCUGGAUGGAGCUUCAGGACUUCCUCACGCACUUCAACACGGUCCAGAUCUGUUCACUGAGCCCUGAGGUGCUGGGCCCCAGCCCUGCUGGCGGAGGCUGGCAUAUCCACAUCUUCCAGGGCCGCUGGGUGAGAGGUUUCAACUCCGGCGGGAGCCAGCCCAGUGCUGAAACCUUCUGGACCAAUCCCCAGUUCCGGCUGACGCUGCUGGAGCCAGAUGAGGAAGAGGAUGAAGAUGAUGAAGAGGGACCCUGGGGGGGUUGGGGAGCAGCAGGGGCGCGGGGCCCAGCGAGGGGAGGCCGCAUGCCCAAGUGUACGGUCCUCCUGUCACUCAUCCAGCGCAACCGCCGGUGUCUGAGGGCCAGGGGCCUCACUUACCUCACUGUGGGCUUCCACGUGUUCCAGAUUCCAGAGGAGCUGCUGGGCCUCUGGGACUCCCCGCGCAGCCGCGCGCUCUUGCCGGGAUUGCUGCGAGCUGACCGCUCGGUGUUCUGCGCCCGCCGCGACGUAAGCCGCCGCUGCCGCCUGCCGCCGGGCCACUACCUGGUGGUACCCAGCGCCUCACGCGUGGGCGACGAAGCCGACUUCACACUGCGCAUCUUUUCGGAACGCAGCCACACCGCAGUGGAGAUCGAUGAUGUGAUCAGCGCCGACCUGGACGCCCUCCAGGUCCCCUACAAACCAUUGGAGCUGGAGCUGGCUCAGCUGUUUUUGGAGCUAGCUGGAGAGGAGGAGGAACUCGAUGCACUUCAGCUGCAGACCUUAAUAAGCAUCGCUCUGGAGCCCGCUAGGGCCAAUGCCAGGACUUCUGGAGAGAUUGGGCUCAGGACCUGCGAGCAGCUUGUGCAGUGUUUUGGGCAUGGGCGAAGGUUGGCCCUACACCACUUCCAGGAACUCUGGGGCCAUCUCCUGGUAUGGCAGGCCACAUUUGACAAGUUUGAUGAAGAUGCCUCUGGGACAAUGAACUCCUAUGAGCUAAGGCUGGCCCUGAAUGCUGCAGGCUUCCACCUGAACAACCAGCUGACACAGUCCCUUACUAGCCGCUACCGGGACAGCCGGCUCAGAGUGGAUUUCGAACGCUUUGUGUCCUGUGCAGCCCGGCUCACCUGUAUCUUCCGUCACUGCAGCCAACACCUGGAUGGUGGUGAGGGGGUUGUCUGCCUGACCCACAAACAGUGGUCGGAGGUGGCUACCUUCUCCUAGGCCAGAAGCUGAGGGAGGCCACCCUCCUCCAGGUCUGAGCUGCCCUGUUUGGCACCAGUGGUGGAAGCUGAAACCUGGACACGCACCCUCCUGGGGCUAGUCCCAACCCACCCCUGCACAGGUGGUGGCACUGGUGUCUUUCUUCUGGUGAUGUCUUCUCAAGUACUGGGAUUAUGGGCCUGAGCUUCCAAACAGAACCGCCUUCUUUCCUUUUGAAGCCUGUGCAUAUGCCAGUCCCUGUUUAGAAAGGCCCACAUCCACACAUGGGUACACGUGGUGGGCCCUGCAAGCUCCCCAGGGUGUGACAGCAACGCAGAGAAAAGAUGGCACUAG